GUUUAACAUCCUCAACCGAAUACAACAUGUGAAUACAGUAGUCGACGCCAACUGUCGGGGGCGUAGGACGUGAUUUGUUUUCGGCUUGUUUUUUUUGUUGUUAUUAUUCGUCGUCGUCGCCGUAGCACACGCAUCGCACUAUUAUUAUUAUAAAUUAUUUUUUUCUUAUCACAAUCGUCGUCGCCGAAAGUCAACGGCGUUUCGGAAGCGGCGGCGGCCGCCGAGGGGAACGAUGCGCUUUUGAGAUUUGAAAACACAGAAUCACAUCAUCGUUAUUAUAUACACCAGGGACCCAUUUAAAACUUUGGCCCAUAGGCCUCAAAAUGUCUUAAUCCGGGCUUGAUUUCCAGAAAAUCAGUGGCACAAUGGACACGGCAAUGGACAACCCUUCUUAUUUCGCGUUGAACCAAGGACUGCGGAGGGUGGUCCCGCUGGCUGAUAGGCAGAGGAUGGCCAGGAACAAAACAGAGACGGGAUCAAUGGGCAGGACCAGAAAGACAGAUAGGAGCGGUAACAAGUGCCUAACGAGGUCCUUUAGCGCUAACAUUGAAGAAGCCAGAUUACUGGUGAUGGGACAGCCCAGGCCGGCAGACGUUGCACCCUCAGUUAAGCACAGGAGACACGCCAGCACAGGUCACAAGGAUUCGCUACAACACGACUUGGUUCACUGCGAUCUACAACCCGACGGUGACGUUUUCUUCAGCAGCAGCGGUGACGUGCGGUAUAGCAACCUGAAAGCCACUGUCCGAGGGGGCCGAAGACACUCGAUAAGCUCGUUCGGAAAUUAUUCCAGCAGACGUCCGCUGAGUGACUGCAUGGCGAAAUCCCCUCGAGUUGCCGGCGACUUCAGAGGCAUGAAAUCCGACUGUUUGGACAUCGUUAUCGUCUCGAGCGGCGACAGCGAAGCCGCUAUGAUGUGGAUUAAUUUCCUCAUCCAGUGUUUUCAACAUUUCAAUCAAAAGGAAAACAAAUCACAAUACAGAAUUCAAAGAGUAAGAUUAGAAGAUGUGCUGUCUGAUGUAAUGUCAGCACCGCGCCAGGAACGGUGUAGUCAAGCUCGGCUACAGAUUGUACUGGUUUGUCCGAUAUUUUUAGAUCGGGUGCUCGCACAUUCUGGUCGUUCCGAUUGUCUAAGCGCAUUGCUGCAAACCAAUCGCAUGUUGGCUUUAUUGGUUGGUGUUGCAGAAGCCGACGUAACUGAUCAACACAAGACUGUACUGGUAGACUACGAUAAGUGGAGGAAAAUGGCCGUGAAGGAUCAAGAUCGAGAAUCUGUUGGCGACUUUUACGGAGUGUCUAUGGAUAUUCUCAGCAAAUCGAUGCAUGUCCAACAGGCGAUUAGUGUGCCUGAAGAGGAUACUAAAUUCUCUAUUACUCCCAAAAAAAUAAAAAUCGGCCAAAACAAACUCAUCGUUUUAUUAUCAGAACCGUUGGUAUCGGAGGACAAUGUCGUAAUCACCGUGGAUAAAAACGGGCACAAAAUAGAAGUAACAAACGUGACAAGAAGAAAUCCGUAUACACUGCAAUUUAAAAUGCCACUAAGUUGUUUGCAAGUAUCUGUCUUGGUAAACGUUAUCGUCGAGAAAAAUGGCCAGCCGCUAGGCCAACGUUCGGUGAAGUGCGAGAGCCGCAUGAGAGAACUUGAUCAAUUGAUCCGUUCAUUAGACAAUCCAUUGAAUUUUUUGUGUCAAACGUUUGGCUUGAAUCCCGUCGAUAGAGAGCAAUUAGAUUUGUUUUUAGUCACGGCUUAUGUGAAGAACGUUCCGCCCAAUUUUCAUCUCCUUCAACCAGCGGGAUCUCGAUUCCAAUACUGUCACGAGGAAUACCCAACCAUGUUGCAAUUUGCCGCCAAACAUGGGCUGGAGAAACUGUCUUGGCACUUGCUGGAAAGCCCGGGCGGCGAACAGGCGUGCCAACUGCGGAACUCGUCGCAAUUGACGCCUGCGGACGUGGCCGAGGCGUCCAACCACCAGAAGCUCGCCCAGGCACUGCGGGCGUACGUGCAAAUGACCGAGCUGACUAGUAUGUACAGCAUACUCAAAGGCAUAUCGGACGGACACCACCAGCAGCCGGCCGGCGACGACCCUGACGCCAACUACAUGCUACCGCGGCCGCUCAACGAUAGCUACCUGGUACCGCCCGCGCCCAGGCCGGUGCAGGCCGAACAGCCCGCGGCCGGCGUCCACCCGCAGCAGAGCCACUGUUACACGAACGUUGGCUCACCGCUCACGUCCAACGCGACCAUGUUCAAUUACCAGAUACCGCCGCCACCGCAGUCCAUUUUCGCCACCAACUACCAGGUGCCCACCAACGGCCGACCGUACAGUCCGGCGAGCGGCGCGUGGUCUCCCACCCAUCCAGUGGUACCUUCCUCGCCGGUCGACCCGACUCCGUCUCCGUUGGGCUACUUGGAAAUGAGUUCCUCCAGUCUGGGAUCCGCCAAUUAUUUGCGAGCAAAUCUGUCAUUCAACGAUAGUAUCCCCAACAAAUCAGCUGGAAACAGACCUAACGAUUUCUUGGUUUCUAGUUCUCGUGGCAGUAAUCAAAUGUUGUCUACGCCUCAAGACGAGCUGUUGGAAAUCAUACACGAUUUCAAAAAUAACGUUCUAACCAUUAACGAAGUAGAAAAUCUAGUCGAAACGUGGAAAAACCGAAAUGAUGUGCAACAGUCCUUCAAAGAGAAACAGGAACAACUGAAUCAAAUGAGAGUCGAAUAUGAUCGAAUCCAACAACGCAUGAAAGAUCAAUUAAAACGACCUACUCCGUUCGAUCGCAUAAAAAAAUUCUUUGGCAAAAACAAGUCAAAACAUUCUGAAAUUUCGCAAGAAAACUUGACGAAAAGAAGUGGUUCAGAACAUCAUUCUAAAAGACCAUCCAGUAGUCUUAGUCUACAGAGCUCAAGCAGUUCUACUUCUUGUGGUCGGUCGAGUACUGUGAGUACUAGCAGCGUGAAUGACAACCAUACAAUCCAACAAGAAAAUUUGGACGACGGAAAGCCUCUGAAGUCGUCUUUCUCGUACUUCGAUCAGCCACACUCGUUUUCGACGUUCCUGCAACAGAGCAGCAAAUCGACUGCCGACUUCGCGGGUCACGAUUACGGCAAUGUCGUGUACUCGCCCGUGGGCUCCGCGACCGCCGAGACCAUCAUGGAAGAGGAAAUCGAAAUGCCGUCCUGCAACGCUUCCCGGGCCCUCGGCGCGUCGGCCAUCCGGUGCAUGACCGGGAUAGCGUGCACGAUCGCCACUUCACCCACGGCGGCCGACAAGUCCGAACACGACGAGGCAGCCGGAUUCGAGCAGUCUUUCGGCGGCGCCGGUGGCGGUAACAGCUCCGUCAGCGGUGCGGAUUUCGAAGACGUCGAGGACAAGGUGCAGAGGUUGUUCGACAACAUGCCGGACUACACGAACGUCACGGUUUCCGACCGGAACUCCCGGAAAUACACGCCGUUGCAGACGUGAACUGCCGCUCGCCACCGAAUUUAUUUCGAAUCUUUCCACAUAAAAUCUAAUAUUUAUACUAUUAUACCAUUUACACGUAUGAUAUAAUACAAUAUGUAUAUAAUAUAAUAUUACAUUUUAGUUGUGUAAGACGACACGACUUUCCAGAAUCAAUGUCGACGUCAUGAUAAUAUUUUCUAGCCACUCGAAGUCUGUGUAAAAUGAUAUAAGAUAAUAAAAUAGGCUAAUCUAUACAAUAAUAUAAUUAAGUCGUUUAAAUAAAUUUUUACGAUAUGUUUUACACGUAACGGACUGGAUAGUGAUAAUUUAUAUUAUUAAAUAUUUUUAUACUGGUGACUAAGGUCAAUAAAAUAUAAAUUCUAAAAAUUAAAAGUGUUAAGCGUGUACACCAAGCGUGAACCUCACAAAAAUAUGUGCGCAUUCAA